AAACUAAAAGCGCCGGUGGUGGAACUGAAAAAAGGCCUUCUUGGAGUUCAGUUUGGUGUUCGAGAAAGGAUGGAUGGUGAAGAGAAGAUAUACGGUGGCUGUGAAGGGCCAGAUGCUAUGUAUGUGAAGCUGAUCUCUUCUGAUGGUCAUGAGUUCAUCGUGAAGAGAGAGCAUGCCUUAACCUCUGGCACAAUUAAAGCCAUGCUAAGUGGUCCAGGUCAGUUUUCUGAAAAUGAAACAAAUGAAGUCAAUUUCAGGGAGAUCCCCUCUCAUGUGCUCUCAAAAGUCUGUAUGUACUUCACUUACAAAGUACGCUACACCAACAGUUCGACAGAAAUUCCGGAAUUUCCAAUAGCACCAGAGAUUGCCCUGGAACUGCUGAUGGCUGCAAAUUUCUUAGAUUGUUAAAUUCUCGACGUAAGAUUUACAUUUGAAAUAUUUUAAAUUUGUAGUAUUUAAUUUGUAUUCACCAUGUAUUACAAUUUCAAUUGUGUUCAAAGUGUGUUUGUAUACAUAGAUCUUUUUUUUUUUUUUUGCACUGCCUAAUAUUUUAUUUGUCAUAAAACAAGAAAAUUCGUUUUAAUAUAAUAAACAUUUCAUACUGCACAGAUAUUCUCAUGUGUAAUGAACAAGCAUUCAUUGUGUUUGCUUAACAAUGCACAUGAGGUACAAAGAGUCAAAGAGUAAUAUUCAGUUUCAGAAAGGAAAGAAUUGGUCUUGAAUGGCUGGAAAAUAAAUCUGUAGAUAUCAUAAA